AGAAAUGUUGACGUCCGGCGGGAUGUUGAGAAGGAGCGCGCAGGCGUAGUGUUUACAUUGCGCGUUAUCGAAAGAUUUGUCAAUGUUGUCACUGUCAGGUGGACGGACAUGGCAGCGCAGAUGACCGACAGCCACCGCAGGUUCCUACAAACCCUGAUGGCUAACGGAAUUGUGAGUGAAAGACAGGCGAGGACUUUGCAUCGGUUCUGUUGCGAGACGCACAACGCGCCUUAUGACCCAGAAACCCUGGACCACUUCGUCAGUGCCAUCAACGCAAAACUGCAACCCUUGUCUAUGCAGAUCAGGAAAGGCCUCUCGGAAGAGAAGGGCGAUCAGCACUAUGCUCUGGUGAACAUGACGGAGAACGAUGUGACCAAGUUGUCAUCUGAUUAUGCGGAAAAUGAGCUGGAGCUGUUCAAGAAAAUUAUGGACCUGAUUGUGGGCUCUGACUGUGGCACUGCCACCUCCAUCGACAUCCUGAACAGCACAGACACUCUCACCACGAAGAAACUGAAGAAGAUUGAGGCGGAGCAGCUGCUGAACAGACUGGUGCAGGACCAGUGGCUCUGCGAGAAACAAGGGGUCUAUUCCUUGUCCACCAGAUGCAUCCUAGAGAUGGAGUCCUACAUCCGUGCAAUGUACCAGGACCAGCUCAAGCUGUGUCACAUCUGUCACAACGUAGCUUUCCAGUGCCAAGUAUGUGAGAAUCCCACGUGCUCCAUCCGAAUACACAACCCCUGUGCCACCAGAUACUUCAAGGACAGGAAGGAGCCACAGUGUCCGGCCUGCAACGACGCGUGGCGCCACAAAAUACCCGCAGACAUCAGAGGACGUCAGUCUCGGAACACGAGAUGAAGUACAUUCUCUAACUGUGUCUUUUUUUUAAACUAUGUUGUUCAUCUGAAUAAAACAUGUUUUUAAAUCUGGAACAUGUCAUUAAAUGAUGAGGUGGUGAAGAACUUCUGGUGGAGGUGGGUUGUGACUUCAGACUGAAAG